AUGACCACCCUCCUGCCCCGCCCCGCCCUCCGCGCCGCCCGCCUUCCCUCCACGCACUCUCCCUUCGCCGCCCGCCAAACAGCCUCCCCAAUCUUCCGCCGCUUCCUAGCCACACCCCGAGGCGAACAACCACGUCUCCGUAUCGGCAGUGAAGCACCCAACUUCCAAGCCAAAACCACACAAGGCGAUAUCGACUUCCACAAAUGGCUCGAUGGGAAGUGGGGGAUCCUGUUCUCCCACCCGGCGGACUUUACACCAGUAUGCACGACCGAACUGGGCGCGUUUGCGAAGAUGAGAGGGGAGUUUGAAAAGAGGGGGGUGAAGAUGAUUGGGUUGUCCGCCAACGACCUCGGCUCCCACGACAAAUGGAUCAGCGACAUCAACGAAAUCUCCCAAACCACCCUCCAAUUCCCCAUCAUCGCCGACGCCGACCGCAACGUAGCAUGGCUCUACGACAUGAUCUCCUCCCCGGACCUCGAGAAGCUCGCACAAGAGGGCGGGAUCGCGUUCACGAUCCGCAGCGUCUUCAUCAUCGACCCGGCGAAGAAGAUCAGGUUAACGAUGAUGUAUCCUGCGAGUACUGGAAGGAAUAGUAGUGAAGUACUAAGGGUGAUUGAUAGUUUGCAGACGGGUGAUAAGAAGGGUGUCACGACGCCCAUUGACUGGAGUGUUGGGGAGGAUGUUAUCGUACCGCCUGCUGUGAGCACGGAGGAUGCGAAGAAGAAGUUUGGGAAUGUGAGGGAAGUGAAGCCUUAUUUGAGGUAUACCCAGAUAUAG